CCGCGGGGACCCCGACGUCCCACGAGGCCUUGACCCAAGAUGGCGGACAAAGCCCUUGGCGCAGCCUUGCUCAGAGACGCAUGUGCGCAUGCCCGGUCGACCGAGCUGCCCUGAUCCAAGAUGGCGGCCAGACCAGGGCUGGGGACGGGCUUAGCGAGUUACUGAGCAUGCUCAGUCUUCCGUCACUCGCGUCAGGUCGGCAGCCGGCGCAGGCCGCUCAGUCCUUCCCCGAGAGGCGGGAACGUGUACGCAUGCGCAGUGAGCAGUCUCAACUAGUCGGUGGGCGGAGCUACCCCGCGGGGUGGACGUUGAAUGUGUGUGAUGGCCGGCUGACCCGCUUUCCUCCUUGAGCUUGUCUGCCCCUGAACUAGAGGGAAGUCGGCUUAAGUGAGAUUAAGAAAUUCCCUCUCUUGCCGGGUGGUGGUGGCGCACGCCUUUAAUCCCAGCACUUGGGAGGCAGAGGCAGGCAGAUUUCUGAGUUCGAGGACAGCCUGGUCUACAAAGAGCCAUACAUAGACAGAAGACAAUGUCUGGGAGCUUCUACUUCGUAAUUGUUGGCCACCAUGAUAAUCCGGUUUUUGAAAUGGAAUUUUUGCCAGCUGGGAAAGCAGAAUCCAAAGAUGAACACCGCCAUCUGAACCAGUUCAUAGCUCAUGCUGCUCUGGACCUUGUUGACGAAAACAUGUGGCUCUCCAACAACAUGUACUUAAAAACUGUGGACAAAUUCAAUGAGUGGUUCGUCUCGGCGUUCGUCACGGCUGGGCACAUGCGGCUCAUCAUGCUGCAUGACGUGAGGCACGAGGAUGGGAUCAAGAACUUCUUCACUGACGUCUACGACUUAUACAUCAAAUUUGCCAUGAAUCCCUUUUAUGAACCCAAUUCUCCUAUUCGAUCGAGUGCAUUCGAAAGAAAAGUUCAGUUUCUUGGGAAGAAACAUCUUUUAAGCUAAAUGCAGAAAAACUUCAGAAUCACAGUGGGGUGUGCUCAGGAGUGGAUGUAUUGUAAAUUACUUGAUAAAGUAGCCUAGCAAACUAUGUCUCAGCUUACAUGUAUAUCAUGAAAUUUCUCUUCUAUUUAAAAAUCUCAUCUUUUCAUGUUAUCACUAUUAGUAGUUACCUGUGAACAAUUAUCACUAAUUUAAUAUUUUAUUUCAAAAUCAAUAAGCCUAUAACUUUUUGAUUAAGAUAAUUAAAAAAUCUUAGAUUCCUUUUAUGUGUAUGAAUGCUUUUCCUGCAUACAUGUUCUUACCAUCUUCAUGACAGUGCGCAAAGGGAUCAGAAGAGGGCAUGGGAUCCCCAGGAAUUGAGCCUACUGAUGGUUAGGAAGUCCCCGUGUGGGUGUUGCCAAUCAAACCUGCAAGAACAACUGUCAAACCAGUAAAGCCCCUCUCCAGCCCCUUCCUGAGAUGAAGUUAUAAUGUAAAAGUUCAGAAACUAAUGCUGGGGUGGCUCUGUGGUUAAGAGCAUGUUCGGGGGCUGGUGAGAUGGCUCAGUGGGUAAGAGCACCCGAUUGCUCUUCCG